AUGACACUCACCUCACGCGACCCAUUCCAACUCUCCGGCCGCUACGCCGACAGAAACAGAUGGGAGGUACUAAACGGCCCCGGUGACUCCCGCGUUACAGGCGAACAGAUCAUCCAAGACGAAAACAUCGUCAACGCCUGGGCCGACAAAGUCAUUCUAAUCACAGGCGUUUCCUCCGGCCUCGGAGUCGAAACCGUCCGGGUCCUGGCCCUAACGAGGGCAACCAUCUACGGGACGGCCCGGAACAUCGAAAAAGCCAAAGAGGCGCUGGGCCCUCUCCUGGAUACCGGUCGCGUGCAUCUACUAUACAUGGAUCAGACCGAUUUAGCCAGCGUACGCGCCUGCGCAGACACCUUCCGCCAGCGCAGCAGCAAACUCAACGUGAUGAUCAACAACGCGGCAGUGAUGAAUACGCCCGAGGGGCGCACGAAGGACGGCUUCGAGCUGCAGUUUGGGACGAACCAUCUCUCGCAUUUUCUGCUAUUCUGGUAUCUGAAGGAUCUUUUGCUGCAGAGUUCGAGCCCGACGUUCCACUCGCGCGUUGUGAACGUCUCCUCGGCGGGGCAUCGCUAUGGGCCUGUUCAGCUGGAUAAUAUCAAUUUCGAGGGGAAUUAUAAUGGCUGGUUGGCGUAUGGGUCUAGCAAGACGGCGAAUAUUUAUAUGACGAACCAGAUUGAGCGGUUGUAUGGGGCGCAGGGUCUGCAUGGGUAUAGUGUGCAUCCUGGUGCGUUUGUCAGUCCCAAUCUGCAGAAGCAUUCGCGGGCGGAGAUGGAUGCGUUUCUGAAUGAUGAGAAGAUGCGCAAGUAUCUGUCUAGCAUGGGGCAGGCGUGUGCGACUUCCGUUUAUGGGGCGACCUCUAGUGAAUUGGAGGGCCGGGGUGGGUUGUAUCUGGAGGGGGCGUCUGUUGCUGUGCAUCCUUGUCCUCCUGAUGGAGAUGCUGCCGAGUAUGGAUAUGGUAGUUGGACGUUUGACAAGGAAAAGGAGGAGAGGCUGUGGGAACUGAGCAAGCAGUGGGCUAAGGCGGAGUAG